AUGAGAAACUUCGAAAAUUACAAAUCGAAAUUUUCUGAAAUUUAUGAAAUUCAACUUUCUGAAAAUUCUGGACAUUCUCGAAAUUUCGGUUGUUUGAGACUUCUGAAUCAAUAUCUGGAUGAAGAUUUGGCUGGAACUCUAAAAAAUUUCGAAGUCUUCAAGAAUUUGAUAGAAGGAAUCACCGGAUUUUCAGAUUUCGAAAAAUUGAGUUCUGGAAUUAAAGUUUUGAUAAAUUUGAAAAAAUUCGAGCGAUUUUGGAAGCCGGAAAUUUCGAAAAAUUGGGAUUUGGAUAUCGGAAAAUUCCUGGAAAACUUCCCACGUCUUCAAUACACUGCUCAAAAUAUGGAAAUCUUCUCAAAAAUCGCUUUGGAUUACUGUAACUACACAAUUCACCUCCAGGAGAAUCUCCAGUACAUUCUAGGGGAUUCUAAGAUGACUAGCGCGGCUCUAGCGACAAUUCCAAAAAGUCUGAAAAAUUUUAUAAAAGAGACGUUCGAAGUUGAGCAAUCUGUGGAGACUCAAAGAAUUCGAGAAUUCGAAGGAUUUCAUAAUUUAGAAGCGAUUUUUGGAGAAAAAGAAAAAUUGGAAAAAGCGAUUUUGGGAUUUUUAAAAAUUGAAAAGCAGAAAUUGAAUCAGUAUUUCACGGUCGCGUGGGUCGUUUUCUGGAUCCUCUUUGCUAUUUCCGAAACCAUCUAUAACAUAAAAUACAAAUAUGAGUUAUUUUUUCUCAAAUCCCCGAAUCACCCUGACAAACAGAAGGAAAGAAAUGGAAGUGCCAAACACGCUGAAGAAAAGAAGGCCUGGCUGAAAAAUGAGAAAAAUAAAAAAAAUAAGAGGAACAAGAAGGAUAAAUUUUUCUAUUUUUUUUCCAGCGGAUCUUGA